AUGGCAUUCAAGCUUCCAUCCUUUGGUUUGCUUGGGCGUCCUUCAACUGUUAAGCAAAGUUCCGAUUUAGAUAGAAUCCCUAAGUUUUCUUGGGAUGAAAUUAUCGACAAGAACGAGAUUGGCCAGAGUGGCUUUGGAUGCGUUUUCAGCGCCAAACGACGCGGUGGAGGGUCGAUUGUUGUUAAGAAGCUCAUCCGGCAGCAUGACCGUGAGAAGCGUUUGUUCAUGAAAGAGGCGCGGAUCCUCAAUUCCCUACAUUACAAGCAUAUCGUCGAAAUCAAAGCUGUAUGCGAAUGUCCUGUAGCAAUGACGCUUGAGUACGUAUAUUUUGAUUUCACGCCAUUCGGUCUUGAAGGUCGGGUAAGUUCACUGCAAGACUACUUGGAUUACAGGAGUGGGAAAGAAGAAGUACUGUCAGUGUUGGCCUGCUUGCACAGCAAGAUAGCGGAAGACACCUCUCUUGGCCUACAGUACCUCCACGAGAGAAAUAACGCGCACAGAGACUUGAAGCCAGGAAUAGUGUUUAUUUCUAACCAGCAUUACUGCCAUUAUAACAACGAGGAUGAAAUUCGAGAAGCCUGGGAGAAGGAAGCUGUCCUUUGCAAACUGGUGGACUUUGGAGAAUGUCGAGCUUCCCUAAAAACAGACUGA